AUGGAUUAUUUUAUUAAUGUUAAGAAGAGACAACAGAAAAUACAUACAUUUUUUCAAAAAAAACUUAAUGUGAAAAGUGAGAAAAACAGUGAAGUCCAAGUAAGCAUAAUGAUUAAUGGUACACAAGUAAUUUUCUGUUUUUUUCUACAGAAGUAUAGUUUAUCAAUAUUUAAUUUUAAUUUUAUUGUUUUGAUAGAGUUACAAUGAUUUCAAUUCAAAACAUCUAUUUAGUCAGUCUAAUCUAUCAGUAAAUAGUAUAACUAUUGAUUGUGAAAAUAUAACAAAUAAUCAAGUAAGUGUUUGAUUAUCUUUCUAUCAUUAUUUUUUUAUGUACAUAUGUGUGUAUAUAUGUGUACAUAUAAAUAUCUGUUUGGAAACCCGGUUCAAGUUUUUUUCUCCCCAGAAAAUUACCUUAUGGAUUAUGGUGCCAAUUGUUACUUCAUGUUUUUCAGUUUUUUUUUUUUUCAUUGGUUCCACAUUGUAUUUGUUCUUUAAUUAGGUAUGCAGUCAAUUACAGUCAAUUUUUCUAAAUUAAAAUUUUUUAUUUUUUAGCUUAAAUGUAGGUAGUUAAUAUUUAUAUUUAUGAUUAUAUGUAGCACCUUUGGAAUAAUGAUACAAUAAUAGUGGCAUUACAACUUUUGUACUGUUACCUACCAUACCAUUUAUGACAUCAGGUAUCUAAAUACUACUAUGUUUACAAAUUAAUUAAUUAUAAAAAUAUAUAUUAAAAUCAUUUAUAUUGAUUUAUUCUUUUUUCAGAUUGUGUUUAUUGAUAGUGUAAAAAAUCAAGAAAUUAUUGAUUGAUUUGAAUGGAAAUAAAAUGUAUUUAUGCUUUAUUAAACACAAUAAAGUGCCUAUUUUCAAUGUAAAAAUAAUUCCUUCCUACCUCCACUCUGAAUUUUUUUGUUUUAAUUACAGGUAUGAUUAAUAUUAUUAUUAUUUCAAUAUUUCAUAUUAAUAUAUAAUUAAUAAGUAAUAAAUGAUUGUAAAUUAGGAAUUAUUUCCUGAGAAUUUCAAAAUUGCUAAAAUGUCUGAAAAACCUAAACUAUUUUUAAGAAAACCUCUUGCCAAAGUCAGUAGACAUAAUUUGUUAAAGGAACAUAAUUACUCUUUGGGUUUGAAAAAGAUUUGCAUUAUGAAAAGUUCAACAGAUUUGACAAAUAUACAAAUUGUAAAUAAUAAAAUGACUUAUAAUAACGAAUGUGAUUCUGUACCAGAUUGGCUAAAGAAUCAUAACUUAUCAAGUGACGAAGAAGAUGACUGUGAAGAGAAAACUGUUUCUCAAUUAUUAAUAAUGGAAUUUCAAAAAGACUCUGGAAAUUCAUAUAAGGUAUACUUAAAGUAUCUUGUUUAAGUUUUAAUGCAUUUUAAUCUGAUAGGAUUUCAAAAACAGCUAUUCAAAAAUAAUGUUUUCAGAUUUGCUUUAUUAAAUAACCAUUCAAUUGUUUUUAAAAGUCCCAACAUAUUGUUAAGGUUGUUAUUUUUAAACAUACAACUAUCAUAUACAAUAUCUAUAAUUUUAAAUUCCUAAUGAACAACUCAUUUAUUGCUCAAUAAUAUAAUCGUUAUUUGUAAUUGAAGUUUUAUGUUUAAAUUAUAAUUNUUUUUUUUUUUUUUUUUUUAUUGAUAUUGUAUACAAAUAAUAUUUUUCUUAACCCUUAUUUUGUUAUAACAUUAUGUUUAAAUUAUGCUUAUUAUUUAUAUGCCUAUAUUAUUUUUCUGUCAUCCUUUACUUUUAUUUUGAUAGUUCUUAAAAAUAUUGUUGAUUGUAUACAAUAUUUUUAAUUUAAAUAGUUCUUGAAAUAUGUGUGAUAUUGAUUAAAAAGCAUUUGAAUCUAUUUCCGUUACCAAUGAUCUUUAAAUUGAGUUACAUGACAAUCAUUAAGUAACACAUAUUCAUACUAGGUCAAUAAAUUAUAUUUUUUUGUUAAUUAUCAUUUCCAAAAACAUUACUUCAUUUUCUAAAAACUAUAACUUUCUAUCAAUAAAUUUGAUUAUUAUUUUCCUUGUUUGUUCUAAUACCUCAUUUAGUGCUACAUCGGCCUCUUCUUUUGUUUCCCCACUCACCAAUAUAACAUCAAAAUAUACACUAACAUUUUUUAUAUCUUCAAAAUAUUUUGAAGUUAGUUGUUGACAAAUUUCUGGAGCUUUAGUUCAAUCGAAAGAUAAUUUUUUGAAUUGAAAUGAACCAAAACUUUGUUGACUCAGUCUCUUACUAGGACUGAUAAAAUCCGCCUUAAGGGUCAAGUAUUGUAAAAUAUUUUAUAUAAUUUUUGAUCCUUACAUGAAUUGUCUAUUGUCCUUUCCUUUGACCUGCUUCAUUACUACCAUUUUUUUGCUGUUUCAAACUUUUCGAUCUCUCUCUAGUACUGUGCAUCUAAUUUUAUCAUGUUACUCUCUAGAACUACCACACACUAACAGAUCAUCAAAAUAUAUAAUAUAUCAGCAAUAUCUCCAAAAUACCUUAUCAUUAGUUUUUGAAAAUUUCAAACAUCAUCCACAGACCAAAUUAUAGAUAUAUGGAACUGUAAGGUCCAUAGAGACUACCAAAAGUAUAUAAUUUGACAGUUUCCAAAUCUAAUUCACAAUGGUGAAAAACAUCUUUUAUCCGAGUAAACUAUAAAUACUUGUAAUACCCAUAUCAUAUCAUACCAUCCAAUAGCCUAUCUGUAUAUUUUUAAAUCAUAACUUUUAUCUAAAUAAAUCUAACACUUGUAUUCUCAUCAUUAAUUCGAAAAUAAUUAUUAAAUUUUAAUUCAUUGAUUUAAUUGUUUAAAGAAGAAAUACUUUGACAAUGAUUUUUAUGUUAAUUUAAUAAUAAUAAUAGUAAAAUAAUUUUAUUUGUGCAUAGUCUAUGUGCUUCAUCGAUUUGACACUAGCAUAUUAUUUUAUAACUAGAAAAAAAAUAUUUCUUUUAAAUGUUGUAUAAAUUUUAGUUUAUAACAUAAAUAUAAAAUAAUAUUAAUAUUAAAUUUACAUUUCCGAUAAACAGUAUAUAUUUAAUGAAUUACAUUUAAAUAAAGUAUUAUACACAUUAGACUUGCGAUUAUGCAAAUUUAAUUUGAUUGAAUGUAUUAAAAGAAUUAUACCAGGUUUCAAGUUUACCACCGACUGUAUUGUAUACUAUUAUGUUUUUAUAAUCAUUAUAGUUAUUAAGAACUCAACAAUUACAAAAAAAUUUAAAUCUAAAUUUUACAAAGUGAUUAUUACUAUUAGUUCAUUAAUAUAAAAAUUUACCUUCAACAUCAAAUCAUGACCAAAUCAUUGAUGAGCAAAAAUACAUUUCUCUUCAAUAUAAUUCUCAAUAAUAAUUCAUUCAACUCAAAUAAUCAUAAGCCCAAAAAUAACUUCUAUAUAAUAACUCUCUUUUAACUCAAUAGCGCAAAAAUAAACUCCCAAUAUAAUAUUAAUUUAAAUUCCCAAUAAUAAUUCAUAUUCUUUCAAUAUCAUGUUUCUCUCUAGAACUACCACAAACUAACAGGUCAUCAAAAUAUAUUAGUAUAACUGAUAUGAGACCUAUUCAUAGGAAUAGAUUACCUUUAGAAAAUACUAUUCUCUACCAGUUUAGUAUUAAUUUUAUCAGGACAUUUUUCUAUCCCUUCAAAUUCAUCUCUAUUUUUUAAAAUACAAUUUUCCUUUUCUGCAUACAACACUAUAGCUUCAUUCUCAUUAACACAUUUUAAUUGUUUAGAAUCACAUUUUUUAAUUUACUUUUUGUUUCAACAUGUCACUAAUUUUUUUUAAAAGUUGUAAAAGUAAAUAUCAUUUAUAUUUGUAUGGAUUAAUAAUCUAACAUUAUUGAUAAAAGAUAACAAACCAUAAGAAGUCUACAAUCACUGUUGUUGUUCUGUGCUAUUAGUGAUAACGAUUUCUGCUGUUAAUAGUGAUAUCCCAUAAAUGUUUGAAAAUUCAAAUGUAUUUUACUCAUUCUAUUCUACUGUUAAUGUUUUAUGAUUAACAAAUUUUACGACUAUGGAUUAUUUUAUUAAUGUUAAGAAGAGACAACAGAAAAUACAUACAUUUUUUCAAAAAAAACUUAAUGUGAAAAGUGAGAAAAACAGUGAAGUCCAAGUAAGCAUAAUGAUUAAUGGUACACAAGUAAUUUUCUGUUUUUUUCUACAGAAGUAUAGUUUAUCAAUAUUUAAUUUUAAUUUUAUUGUUUUGAUAGAGUUACAAUGAUUUCAAUUCAAAACAUCUAUUUAGUCAGUCUAAUCUAUCAGUAAAUAGUAUAACUAUUGAUUGUGAAAAUAUAACAAAUAAUCAAGUAAGUGUUUGAUUAUCUUUCUAUCAUUAUUUUUUUAUGUACAUAUGUGUGUAUAUAUGUGUACAUAUAAAUAUCUGUUUGGAAACCCGGUUCAAGUUUUUUCCUCCCCAGAAAAUUACCUUAUGGGUUAAGGUGCCAAUUGUUACUUCAUGUUUUUCAGUUUUUUUUGUUUUCAUUGGUUCCACAUUGUAUUUGUUCUUUAAUUAGGUAUGCAGUCAAUUACAGUCAAUUUUUCUAAAUUAAAAUUUUUUAUUUUUUAGCUUAAAUGUAGGUAGUUAAUAUUUAUAUUUAUGAUUAUAUGUAGCACCUUUGGAAUAAUGAUACAAUAAUAGUGGCAUUACAACUUUUGUACUGUUACCUACCAUACCAUUUAUGACAUCAGGUAUCUAAAUACUACUAUGUUUACAAAUUAAUUAAUUAUAAAAAUAUAUAUUAAAAUCAUUUAUAUUGAUUUAUUCUUUUUUCAGAUUGUGUUUAUUGAUAGUGUAAAAAAUCAAGAAAUUAUUGAUUGAUUUGAAUGGAAAUAAAAUGUAUUUAUGCUUUAUUAAACACAAUAAAGUGCCUAUUUUCAAUGUAAAAAUAAUUCCUUCCUACCUCCACUCUGAAUUUUUUUGUUUUAAUUACAGGUAUGAUUAAUAUUAUUAUUAUUUCAAUAUUUCAUAUUAAUAUAUAAUUAAUAAGUAAUAAAUGAUUGUAAAUUAGGAAUUAUUUCCUGAGAAUUUCAAAAUUGCUAAAAUGUCUGAACAACCUAAACUAUUUUUAAGAAAACCUCUUGCCAAAGUCAGUAGACAUAAUUUGUUAAAGGAACAUAAUUACUCUUUGGGUUUGAAAAAGAUUUGCAUUAUGAAAAGUUCAACAGAUUUGACAAAUAUACAAAUUGUAAAUAAUAAAAUGACUUAUAAUAACGAAUGUGAUUCUGUACCAGAUUGGCUAAAGAAUCAUAACUUAUCAAGUGACGAAGAAGAUGACUGUGAAGAGAAAACUGUUUCUCAAUUAUUAAUAAUGGAAUUUCAAAAAGACUCUGGAAAUUCAUAUAAGGUAUACUUAAAGUAUCUUGUUUAAGUUUUAAUGCAUUUUAAUCUGAUAGGAUUUCAAAAACAGCUAUUCAAAAAUAAUGUUUUCAGAUUUGCUUUAUUAAAUAACCAUUCAAUUGUUUUUAAAAGUCCCAACAUAUUGUUAAGGUUGUUAUUUUUAAACAUACAACUAUCAUAUACAAUAUCUAUAAUUUUAAAUUCCUAAUGAAUCACUCAUUUAUUGCUCAAUAAUAUAAUCGUUAUUUGUAAUUGAAGUUGUAUGUGUGAAUUAUAAUUAAAUAAAAAAAUAAGUCAUAAAAUAAUUUUGUGCUAUUUUAGAUUCAGAGUGUAACCACUACUUAUCACCAAAACUUUUAAACCACUUUUGAUCUAUUAUGGAAUCUUAUUCUUUGGGAGUUUUUUUAUUGUCAUUAGGGUUUAAAUACAUGUAGAGACUUGAAACUUUGUAAUAAUAUUUUUAUUAGACUUAUCUAAAAGUGUUAAAAUUUCCACAAUCAUCUGCCAAUUUUUUCUUAAUUUGUGUUUUAAAAUCAAAUUUAGAAGAAAAUCUCAAAUAUUAUGUAAUACCAAACUGCACUCAGAAUCGUUUUUCAUCAAGCAAUGGCUUAUCAUUGCUUACAGAUAUAAAUGAAAUAACCUUAUUUAUUCUACUUUCCCAACUUCUCACCUACAACAGUGGCCACUUCCAUCCCCAGUAUCAGCUCUUUUUUCUUAUUGCAGUAUUUAAUGUGUGUACAACUACACAUUAUAUAUUAUUAUUAGUAUUAAGUAUUAGUCUUUAUAGGUAACUACAAUUAACGGUUUUGCAUUACAUAGAAUUACAAAGAUAGUAAUUUUAUACACAUGCUAUUAUAUAUUUAUAACUAAUUAUUUUAGGUUUGUCCUCCUUUUGAUUGGAUCCAUCUUAUAUAUUUAACUGUAAAGAAUUGCACAGAAGAAUACGUAACUUGUCAGGAUGUAGACAUAUUUUGCAGGUUUAUUUAUUUGAUACUUAAUUUUAUUUUUAAUGUAUAAAUUUACAUAAUGUUAUUAUUUAUAGACAAUGGUUCCCAUAUUAUUCAAAGAAAUCAUGGAUUGAAAAUAUUGUUUCAAUAUUAAACUGUCCCAGCAAUGAAUAUUUUAACUGUUCAUAUACAGUUUUUUUUGGUAAAUAUGUUAGGUGGGCUGUUAAUAUUGAAUCGGUGAAUAUUUUGGAGGAUUCAUUGAUGUCUAUAGUUAAGAAACAUGAGGAAAAAAUAAAAUCAGCAAUGAGAUAUCCUGGUAUCUUAUAUUAACAUAGAUAAUAUAAUAUAAUUCAUAUUAAAUUUGCCUACAGUAUGUAGAAUUUACUAAUAAGAAUUUAUUUAAUUUCAGAUAAACUACCUACAAUAUUGAGAGGAUAUGGUGUGCAUUAUUUGGGAUAUAAAUGUUUCAAUAUUUUUGGUUUCAAUAAUUUGGUUUCCAAUAAAAAUAUACCAUUUACAAAAAGGAAACAAUGAUAAGUGUUACUGUAUUAACUUGUUAAUAUAAAUGUAAAAGAAGAAAAAACUUAUAUAUGGAUCUACAUUUUCAUUAGAUUUAUUCUUUUUUUAUAUUUAUAAUUUAAACAUUUUUCAAUUUAAUGUUUAAGUGUACAUUUUAUAUUUCCAAAUAUUAAAACUUUAUUAAUAUAUUUAUUUUCAUACAAAUAUUAUUAUUCUAUAGGUAAAUAAUUGUAAAUAAUCUAAAAUUGUAAUUUUUAUAAACAGUUGUAAAUAUUUAUUUUUCUGUUACUAAACGUAUUUCUAUUAACUAAUUUUUUUUAAAAAAAAGUGGAAUUUACACUUGAAAUAAUUUAAUCUAUUCGCCAUCAAGUAGUCCCUUUAGAUUCAUAGAUAUAAAUUAGAACUAGCAAUUUGCAACACACGUGUAGAUAUUGCAUUUUUUUUUUUUUUUUUUAUUGAUAUUGUAUACAAAUAAUAUUUUUCUUAACCCUUAUUUUGUUAUAACAUUAUGUUUAAAUUAUGCUUAUUAUUUAUAUGCCUAUAUUAUUUUUCUGUCAUCCUUUACUUUUAUUUUGAUAGUUCUUAAAAAUAUUGUUGAUUGUAUACAAUAUUUUUAAUUUAAAUAGUUCUUGAAAUAUGUGUGAUAUUGAUUAAAAAGCAUUUGAAUCUAUUUCCGUUACCAAUGAUCUUUAAAUUGAGUUACAUGACAAUCAUUAAGUAACACAUAUUCAUACUAGGUCAAUAAAUUAUAUUUUUUUGUUAAUUAUCAUUUCCAAAAACAUUACUUCAUUUUCUAAAAACUAUAACUUUUUAUCAUUCAAUUUGAUGGGCUGAUACAUAUUUUAUUUGUAUUUUUAUCAAAAUGCAUUUUCAUUCAAAUUCGUACUUUGAAGACAUAUAAUAUAAACUACUAUUUUACGAUUACUUUUUAUUAUAUUUUCUUAUAUUAUAUAUUAUAUUUUCGAACAUUGGUUUUAUUUUUUUACAAAAGUUACUAUUUUUAAAUUAUAUAUAUGUGUAACAUUUUUUGCAAAUUACAAUGUAUUUUUAAUUGGAUAUAAGAAAUUGGCAUUUUGAUUUUAUUUUUACAUGUGUAUUUUCCAUGUUGACUUGAGAAUUAUCCUCACUUUUGGCAGCUUGCUUAUCUACACAUUCUGGAUGAAUCAGUUUUCUACAUACCUAUCCUGCUAUAUAGCCUAUUGCACAAACCUCAUAAUUCUCCAUUAGUAUAUUUUCAAUAUUUAUUGAAGAUAAAUAUAAGUUAAGAAUUUUUCUUUAUCAAAAUAUUCAUAAUCAUUUCAAUCACCUACCAAUUACUUUUAACUGUAUUUUAAUUUUUUUUAGCCCAUUGCAUUUAGUCAAAAAUUGAACUGUAUCACAUUCAGAUUCACAAUUUCCAUUUUUAAUAAAGUUCUAAUAAAGUAUUGCACAUGCACAUAUGGACUGCUGAGUGAAAUUUUGUAGUGUCAGGUGUGAUUUUAUUAUCUCCUUUUGCUUUUACUAUUGAAAACACAUUUUCUAUACAGUCUUGUGUUAGUCUUCUUGUUAAUAAUAAAUCUAUCAUAUACUUUUCAUUUAAUUUGUUAAAUUAUAAUUUCAAGGCAAUAAUAUUUUAUUUCCAACCCACUGUACACGGUGGUAAUUUACGAGUUCUAUUGUGGACUUUAAGUUUUCCCAAUACCUGUUCUGCUUCAUUCAAAAAGUUCAAUGAUCAGAAGUUUUAGUUAAUGGAUUUCUUUAUGAUUUUACCUCACUGUGUGUUAUACUGUUAAAACAUUAAAUAAAUUAUCAAAGAGUUCUAUAAAUCUUGCUGUAUGUAUAGCUGAACUUUUCAUUUCAUUCAGUGAAAUUAAAGUCAUCAUACCAGAACUAACAAAAUGGCUUAGUGUUUUGGUUGCUAGACAAAUAGGCAUUGGUGAGAAUGGUGGUAUAUCCAUAUGCAUUUUAUUUAAUCGAGGAACUAACCUUAGCUAUUUGUUUUUGUAGUUUUUUUUUAGAAAAUUGAGUGAUAGAAUGGAAUUAGAACGAUCAUGGUUAGUAUAUUCUUGUACGGGUGAUUCUGUAUUUUGUUAUUGCUGCAAAUUAUUUAAUGAGACAAAAUCGUCUUUAGGCAAAGAGGGAUAUCAUGAUUGGAAGAUCAUUGCUGAAACUUUAAAACAACAUGAAUGGUCUCCAAAUCAUGAAGCAUCUUUUCUUAAGUGGAAAGAAUUAGAAAUAAGAAUAAAUAAUUCAAAUACCAUAGAUAAUGUAAAUGAAAAAAUAAUAAAAACGGAAAUUCAACAUUGGAGACAAGUUAUAGAAAGAAUAAUAUCUUUAAUAAGAGUACUUGGAAAUCAAAACUUAGCUCUACGGAGAACUCACGAUAAACUCAAUAUAGAAAAUAAUGACAAUUUUUUAAAAUUCAUUGAGUUUUUAGGUCAAUUUGACCCAGUUAUGAAGGAACAUAUAAGAAGAAUAACCUCCGAUGAAAUACAUACUCAUUAUCUUGGAAAAGAGAUACAAAAUGAGAUAAUUAAUUUAUUGGCGAAAAAAAUUAGACUUCAUAUACUAAAAUGUCUGAAAAAAGCAAAAUACUAUCCAAUUGUUCUCGACUGUGCACCAGAUAUUAGCAAUAAAGAGCAAAUGACCAUGAGUUUCAGAUUUGAAACAAUUUCAGAGGAUACUGGUGAAGUCACUAUAAAUGUGCAUUUUGUAGAUUUUAUUCAACUAUAUGAUACAUCUGGAUUAAAUAUGAAAAAAGUUUUCUUAGAUAAAUUAAGAGAAUUUGGAAUUGACUUUGACGAUAUGAGAGAUCAAGGCUAUGACAACGGAGUGAAUAUGCGUGGAAAAUACAGUGGUGUUCAAGCAAAAAUUCUUGAACUUAAUUCUAGAGCUUUUUAUGUACCAUGUAACGCGCAUAUCUUAAAUUUGGUUUUAAAUUGUAAACUGCUAAUUGUUGCCUUGAAGCUGUAUCGUUCUUUAGAUAAAUUCAAGCAAUUUACAAUUUUUUUUUCUUCAUCAACUUACCGUUGGGAUAUAUUGAUUAAAUAUUUGCCUGGUUUAACUGAAAAACCACUAAGUGUAACUCGGUGGGAAAUUAGAAUGGAUGCAGUUAAGGCUAUCAGAUUCCAACUAAAUGAAAUAUGUGAUGCAUUGUAGAAGAUAACACUUUAACUAAUGCAUCUGGUAUUAAAAGUCGUUCUGAAGCUCAAGGAGUUUUAAAAAAAAUAUCAAACUUUAAAUUUGUGAUAUGUUUAGUAUGGUAUGGUCAUAUUUUAAAGUUAAUUUUUUUAAUCAAGUUUUAGAUACAGGUAUUCAGUCUAUAAUUGAAAGAUUUGAUAAGCUGUCUGAACAUAACGGUUUAUUUUCGUUUUUAUAUAACAUAUCAAUAAUUGAAGAUGAAAAUGAAUUGUUAAAACACUGGAAGGAUCUACAACUUUCUCUCACUUCUAAUGAUGGCCUAAACACAGAUAUUAAUGCUUUAGAAUUACAUCCAGAACUUAUUUCAUUUAAAAGAUGUUCAAGGAAUGAAAAAAGUGAUCCAAGCAAGGUUUUGGAGUACAUAUGUAAAAGAAAAAUGGUGGAGCUUUUUCCUAACCUAGUCACAGCACUUAAGAUUUUACUGACAUUAUCUAUAACUGCAGCUAGUGCCGAAAGAUCAUUUUCAAAAAUGAAGAUUAUGAAAAACUACUUGCGGUCCUAA